AUGGAAGCUGUGUCUUUUCCACUGCGGCUGCACGCAGAGUCUGAGACCCCAGUGGCGGCCGGGGUCCAGCGGGUGCCACUUGGGACCCCGCCACGUGAGCCAGAAGUCCGGGCGUGCGGGCAGGUCGCUUCCCAGAAGCUGGUGCUGCCCUCGCUGGGAUUGGCGGGUUGUGGGCAUGCGCGCUGGAGCCUUGGGGGGCUUCUGUGGCUGUCUCCCCCACCUUCUCGGUGGGAGUGUCUCUGCAGGUUUAGUCCAAGUUGUGGCUACAAACUAUCACCUGAGGGACAGAAACCCUGUAGCCGAGAUUGCCCUUACCCCUUGCUUGGGAGAGAUUUACUGCAAAAACUUCAGGCCACUAUUACCUUCCGAGGGAGCGACCAGCCGGGUGGAGAAGGCCCAGCAGAAGCUAAGCCUGGGGUCCGGCUAGAGGUAACCGUGCCAAUCUCAGAGGAGUACUUGCUCGCAGCCCUCCUCGAAGUGCUCUUGCAGUAUGUAGAUGACCUGCUCAUCGCGGCCACGAGUCCGAAUGAAUGUGAAACUGCGACGAAAGACCUUCUGCGAGAGCUAGAGGAGAAGGGGUACCGAGUGUCUGCUAAGAAGGCCCAGAUUGCCAGACAGACCGUGAGUUAUCUGGGCUAUAAUCUGCAGGGCGGACAAAGGAUGCUGUCCAGCCAACGGAUUCAGGCCGUGAUGCAGAUUCCUGAGCCCACCAACAAGAGGCAGUUCUUGCAGGCUUUGCAGAACAUCCGCCGUGAGGUGAGAGCUCUCCAGCAGGAGAGAUAUCCUAGAGAACAAGGAGCAGAAGCUCCGGAGCCUGGACAGUGGGUGUGGAUCCUGAAUCAUCGAAGGGGGAGUCUGGAGCCCCGCUGGAUUGGGCCGUACCAGGUACUGUUGAGCACACCUUCAGCUGUGCGAGUGGCAGAAAAACCCUACUGGAUACAUCUUGCCCACAUCAAGCCGGCCCCAACACCUGACGAGAGUGAAAAAUGGAGUGUGCAGCCAGUUCCAGGGGAACCCUUACGGGUAAAGUUCUCCAAAUCCUGACAAUCCUAGUAGUCCUAGGCCCCCUACUGGGA